UGCACAGUGCACGAUCAGCCGUCAGGUACUCAGGUGUCGAUAGUCGAUAGAGUGAUGACUUUCUAGUGCUUUAGUGUGACACUGUGUAUUUCGAAUGACUAAGUUAUUAGUUUAUUACGGCUUAGAACGCGGCGUUACUGGUGGUAGUAAACAUUUAAGUAUCUCAAAUAAUUAGAUGCAUAACUUUAGGUUAGUACACAAGUUCUUUUCCAUGUUUUUUGGAAGUUCAUAUUCAGUUGACAGGCAAACAAGAACCCAAUCAGCUGUUCGAGUGUCAUUUCAAUAUUCUGUGUUUCUGUGCAGAAAACAAUCAUCGAAGACGGUGGGAAAGUCUACGACUACGACGGCGGUAAAGGAGGCGGUACGACGCGAAUACGCGAUAGCUUGUCGACGGCGAUUGUGGCGGAACAACGACAACGGUCCGACGACCUAGACAAUGGUUUUUACUUUUUGUCGUGUUCCACCACCGCGUGGGAGAAUAUGUAAAAACUAAGGAGGAUAUCGAUAGUGGCGACGGCUGUGCAACAAAUUUUUAACGACCAUUGUUUUGAUGUUACAUACGAUAGGGUGAAUGUCAAAUCAAGUAAAUGAGACCGUGUUGGUUAGAUGAAAGAAAUGGGAUUUAUAAAAAUCAAGUCCAGUCAAUUAUAGAAAUAGAAAGAAAUUGGGAUAGAGGUGGUCCUAAUCAUGUCCCAAAUUAAAAGUGAUCAGAGAUGGUGUUAAAAAAGGCGUCGAGUACAGGCGAGACUAGAUGAUAUUAAUUCUUAAAAAUAUAUGACCAUGGAAACACUUACAAGAGAUGUGCCAUCAAGUUUGCAACAUCAUAAUAAUUCAUCUAUUUCAAAUAUGAAACAUAAUUAUGUUCAGUUAUCCAAAACAUGUUUAGACGAAGACGCUCAAAUAAAUAAAAAAUUACCGAAAGAGCUUUUAUUACGAAUAUUUUCAUACCUAGACGUCGUGUCAUUAUGCCGAUGUGCUCAAGUAUCUCGUGCUUGGAAUAUAUUAGCAUUAGAUGGAAGCAAUUGGCAAAAAAUUGACUUAUUUGAAUUUCAAACUGAUGUUGAAGGUCCUGUAAUAGAAAAUAUAUCACGACGUUGUGGUGGUUUCUUGCGACAAAUUAGUUUGCGUGGAUGUCAAUCUGUAGGAGAUGGCUCUCUAAAAACUCUUGCUCAGUGUUGUAAUUAUAUUGAAUAUAUAAAUCUGAAUGGAUGUAAGAGAAUUACAGAUAGCACUAGUCAAUCUUUAAGUCAAUAUUGUAAGAAACUAUUAUCAUUGGACAUUGGUUCAUGCUCUAUGGUGACUGAUUUAUCUUUAAAAGCAAUUUCUGAUGGUUGCCCAAAUUUGACCAGUGUUAAUAUAUCUUGGUGUGAUGGUAUUACAGAAAAUGGUGUCGAAGCUUUAGCACAUGGUUGUCCAAAAUUGAAAUCAUUUAUAUCCAAAGGCUGUACAAGAAUGACAACCAGGGCAAUCAGUUGUUUAGCACAACAUUGUACACAAUUAGAAGUAAUAAAUUUGCAUGGCUGCAAUAACAUUGAAGAUGAAGCUGUGAUAAAUUUAGCCAACAACUGUAAUUCUUUAAAAUACUUAUGUCUUGCAAAUUGUUCUUUAUUAACUGAUAGCUGUCUUGUUUCCCUGGCUGAACAAUGUUAUCAGUUAAAUACCUUAGAAGUAGCUGGUUGUUCGCAGUUUACCGAUAUAGGAUUUUUAGCAUUAUCAAAAACGUGUCAUCUUAUGGAAAAAAUGGAUUUAGAAGAAUGUGUAUUUAUUACAGACUCAACUCUAUUUCAUUUAGCAAUGGGAUGCCCUCGGCUUGAAAAUUUGAGUUUAUCACAUUGUGAAUUAAUCACUGAUGAAGGCAUCAGACAUCUAAGUACUUCAACAUGUGCAUCUGAACAUUUGGCUGUGCUUGAAUUGGACAACUGUCCUCUUAUUACUGAUGCAUCUCUAGAACACCUUAUUAAUUGUCAUAACUUGCAAAGAAUAAUGUUGUAUGACUGUCAACUCAUUACUAGAAAUGGAAUAAAACGACUUCGAACACACUCGCCUAACAUAAACGUGCACGCCUAUUUUGCACCUGUGACGCCGCCGCCGUCUACUGGCAAUAGUCGACAACGUUAUUGUCGUUGCUGUGCCAUAUUGUGAGCCUGGCUUGAAGGCCGGUCAUGCAUACGCUUGUGUGCUACUUGCCUGAAAUAUUUGGCAAACAUUUUGCAAUCAUUUGCCUGCUGUGUAUUAAAAUAUAAUAUUUAUUUUCUACCAUUCUUUUUUAUAAUCAUGAUAUUGUAUUGUUUAUUAUUAUAUUUAGUAUACGUACAUAGAUAGUGAUUAUGUGUUAAGCUCUAUAAAGAAAAUCUGUCCAUUUGGACUAACAUAUUAUACAGGUUUAUGUAUUAUCCUUGUGUUUGUAUAUGUGUGUAUAUUGACACAUGAAUAUGGUUCGCUAAAUUAUAUGUGCCUGUAUUUUCCUUUUAAUAUUUUUAGUCAAAUGAAACUUGUAGUAUAUUUAUAUACAUUAUAUACCGUGUGUCCAUUAACAGGAAACACUGGAAUGAUCCCUUCUUUAAUGUAGGACACUUUAUUUCAGAAAAUAAUUUUUUAACACAACUUUAAGUUGUUACUAAAUAACAAUUUUGGAAAAUCAUAAUUUUACUA